GUGAAAGCCACAUAAAUGUGCCUGUCAAAUUAUAAACGUAUAGCUACACAUUAUACAUCAUUUUUCAUAUAAUUAUACGAUGUCAGACCUUCCUUGUUCCAUUUCCAAAACGUAAACAUGUAUGUCUGCAUAAAUAUGUACAGAGCUGUAUACUUUGCGCCAUCAUUUUAAGUGUUUACAUUCACAGGAGUGCUGAGUAGUUGGAAACGAGUCCACGCAAGCGUCCCGGAAGCUACUGCUAUUGUUAGCCAGCAAGACACGAAAAAGCAGUUCAAUCCCGAUUUGGCUGUUCAUUCAGAAGCAUGGCCCAUUACGAAGAGGUGACGGUUCGGGGUUAUAAUGAAUUCUGCAAUGCAGUUUCAGAGAGAAAAGGCAAAGACAUAUUUGCAUAUUUCUCCGGCGAUAAAGACGCACAGGGUGUGAGCUGGUGUCCAGACUGUGUCAAAGCCGAACCCAUUGUCCGAGGAGAGAUGGGACACCUUCCGGAGGGAUCUGUCUUCAUCUACUGUCAAGUUGGAGAGAGGCCCUACUGGAAAGAUCCCACCAAUGAAUUCAAGAAGACUUUGAAACUUAGCGGAGUUCCUACAUUACUGCGAUACGGCACGCCUCAGAAGCUGGUGGAGGAGGAGUGCUUUAAGUCUGACCUGGUGCGGAUGAUGUUCACGGAGGAUUAGAGCGCACCUCUCUCUUCCCGCUGCUUCAUAUACAGUGUGCUUCAUGAGCGCUGUGCUCCUCUGUGCCCACUGCGCCUUAAACAAGUCUCAAUAUCUCCUUCACCCUGACAGUACCACUGUAUUCACCAUCUCCUGAGAAACUUCUUUUUUUUUUUAAGUCAUUAAUUUUGUCUAUAAAAUUUGGGGUACUCCAUUCCUUUAAUUUGAAGUAGACAAUUGCCCUUUGUAAUUGCAAUUGAAUCCAUAUUUUAUCAUUGGAUGGGUAAUGUGAUUUACACAUGUAAGCAUAGCCAAUUAGAACACUAUGAACCCCGACCUGCCCCAUAACCUCUAAAUGUGGCUUAUACUUGCUGAAGCGUUAAUCUCUGCACUAAGUGAAUAUAAUAGUCAGAUUUAAUGCUGGUCUUCAUGUUCUUCAUACUGUAGGUUUAAAGUGAAUAAUUCCUGGAUCUAGUCUGCAUCAAUGAUCAUGUUUUUACAAGUUGUGAGGUGAUAAUGUAAUGUGUUUUGAUGCUUUGUCAAAUAAAUGAUUUCAAUGAAUAAUCUGUGAAUACUAAUUUUAUUUUGUUUAAAUAAUGUAUGCUGAAUAUUUUACACAUCACAUCACUGUCAGACUGCUGUGUUUUACCCAUCAAACAAACGUUUUGACCUAAAUGUAUGUACCCGAUAGAAAAUAAACUGCGAUUCAUAAUAGUAACCAGUAGGUGGCAAAAUUACAAUUUGGAAUAAUUGAGCAGAUCUGUCACGUUUGGAUUUUUCAGUAUUUAAUUAGUAAAAAUGUGAUUAGUGCUGAUUUUUUUUCCUGUUGUUGUAAUCUAAAUGCAUGCUUCUAUGGUACUGCUGAAGCUGAAAAAUAAUAAAAAAUCUAAAGUUGA